AUGGCGAAAUUCUUGCCGAUAUUGAUGCUGCUGCAGGUGCUCCAACAGGGCACUUGGGCGCAGACAUGCUCCAAUACACUCAACGUUACGUACCCCGCGCCGGUGGCGGCGAGUGGCUGGGAGUUUCGGCUUGUUGCGAAUGGCCUGGAGAGGCCCAGGGGGAUUGCCUUUGAUGAUGCUGGGGGGCUUUUGGUUGUGGAAUCGGGGGUUGGAUUGACGCAUUUGACGCUGAAUGAUGAGGGCGGGACUUGUUUGACGGUGAAGAGCAACAAGACGCUGAUUGCGAAUCAGAAUCUCAACCAUGGGCUUGCUCUCUCGGGCAGUGGCAAGACCGUCUACGUCUCCACGGCCGAGAGUGUCUAUUCCUUCGCAUAUGAUAGCCAGGCCAUCUCUGUCGACCUGUCUUCUAAUCUCACUCUUGUUACUAACAUGAGUAACUCGGAUCACACGACUCGUACGCUGCUCGUAUCCAAGAAACAGCCAGAUACACUUCUCGUUUCCCGCGGUAGCAACUCCAACGAAGAUGACGAUGCUCGUGAUAUCACAAGCGGGCAUUCUCAGAUCCGUAGCUACAACAUUACCAAGAUCGGGCCUGGGGAUUCGCCAUUCGACUUUCUCGAUGGCGAUCUCAUUGGCUGGGGGUUGAGGAAUUCCGUUGGCGUUGCUGAGCAUCCUUCUUCUGGAGGUAUUUGGUCUGUCGAAAACUCCGUCGACCAGCUUCAACGCCACGACCAGGACAUUCACCAAGAUAAUCCCGGCGAAGAGCUCAACUACCAUGGUGUUUUGGGUUCUAGCGAUCACCAGGGAGGCAAUUAUGGCUAUCCUGACUGCUAUACCGUCUGGUCGACAUCUGGGUUUCCUGACCUAGGGGAUCUCCAAGUUGGAGACCAGUUUGCUGACGAUGGAGCGCCAUCUAAUGUGACAGACCAAAGCUGCAACGCUGAUUUCGUUGCUCCUCGGAUUGCUUUCCAGGCGCAUUCGGCUCCCUUGGACAUCAAAUUCAGUCCUAAUGCCUCGGAGGCGUUUGUGAGCUUUCACGGCAGUUGGAACCGAAAUGAUCCUACAGGCUACCGCAUUGUCUCCGUUGCCUUUGACUCUGAUGGCCAGCCCACCGCUCUGCAGAAUAGCACUGGCGCUGUUACCGACAUCAUUACUAACCCAGAUCUUUCGAACUGCCCUAAUCAAUGCUUCCGUCCUGUAGGACUAGCUUGGGACUCUUCUGGCCGCCUGUGGUUCUCGUCUGAUGCCACUGGAGAGAUCUUUGUCCUCGAACGAACGAAUAGUACCGGAGCUGGUGGCGCAUCUUCUGGCGAUGGCAACAAUGCCGCGGGAGUCUUCUUGCACCCUCCAGAGUUGUAA